AUGACUCAUUGUUGGACUAUAAUGAUGACAUGGUUUGUUAUUGAAUAUCUUGCAUAUUAUAUGGCUUUAAUGAAUUUAUGGUACAAAAUAGAUGUAUUAACUGUUUUUCUGUUUACUUGGCAGUUAUGUUCACUUGGAAUCAAGUGGAUACCAUUUCAACUUUUACCACCAAUUGUCAUUUUAGAACAAAGUUCAUUGUGCAUGAUAACAGCAUUGACGGCAUGGAUCACAGACAUUAUAUUUGUUCGUUAUUUACCACGAGAAUUAAGUUUAUUCUUGCUUUGGCUUGUUUCAAUACAAGACAUUUAUAUAUGCUUACAUCAUCGUGGUCAUGUUUACUCACCAUGGUUGAUGUUUCGCAGAUUGGCUAAGAGACAAAAACCUCUUGAUGAAGCAUAUUAUGUUUUAGGAAUGGAUAAAUGGGAAAAAAGUGCGUUACUUGGUUUAGGAGAUUUUUACGUUUACAAUAUCUUGAUGUUACUCGUCAUGCCACAAUCUGCAUCAAUGAUCGUGAAAGUAUGUGUGACAUUUGGAUCUAUAAUAAGUGUUCAAGUUGGCCAAUUACUGACAAACUAUCUACAAUGCCUUUUCAAAGUACGUUUAGCACCUGGUGUACCAUUCCCAGUGAUGAUGGUUUCACUAUAUACUUUGCUUCUUGAUAUCAUUAUGACUAACUCCAAUGAAUGUGUUAAACUUUAA